CUCAUGUGGGCCAUGUGUUCCGGUCCCGAUCCCCUUACAAGCCAUAGUGUGUCUAUGAAUGCUAAACAGAAUCCGCGAUACUAUUGGCGGACAGGCGUUAAUGUAUUGAAACGUAAUUCAAUUCGUUUGGCAGAAGUCUGGUUAGACGACUACAAGAAGUAUUACUACCAACGGAUCGGCGAUGAUCUCGGCGAUUACGGGGACGUUAGCUCUCGGAAAGAGCUGCGAAAGCGGUUGAGUUGUAAGCCCUUUGACUGGUACAUCAAGAAUGUCUAC